UUAAGUUUUGAGAAUUCUUGUGAUUAAUUUUUCAGUUGGAACGUGUGUGUUGCCUGACAUCAAGAUACAGCGGGCGUCCAAUCCAAACAAUGGCACCAGCACCAGCACUGAUGGCCCCAUCACUGGACUUGGACAUGAACAUCUACCCAAGGCACUACGUUGAUCCCACCAUUCCCCCGUGCACCGAGAUGAUUCCUGUUCCAAUGCUGCCCCCGGAAGCUUCUCAGUUCCCGGAGGGCGGUCUCUUAAUGGAAGAGGAGAAGUCUCUGGCCAUGGACCUUGCCGCCUCUUCCAUGGCCGAGCUUGUCAAGAUGUGCCAUGCUAACGAGCCGCUUUGGAUCCGUGGCUGCGACGGCGAUAGGGAAGUUCUUAACUUUGAGGAGCACGGCAGGCUGUUCCCGUGGCCGUUGAAUCUCAAGCACCGGACUGACCUCCGGACUGAAGCUAGCCGUGACACCGCUGUUGUCAUCAUGAAUAGUGUCACUCUUGUUGAUGCCUUCCUCGAUGCUAACAAGUGGAUGGAACUGUUUCCCACAAUUGUUUCUAGAGCAAAAACGGUCCAAAUAAUAUCUUCAAAUGCUUCUGGCCAUGCAAGCGGGUCUCUUCAGCUGAUGUAUGCGGAAUUCCAAGUUCUUUCUCCAUUGGUAUCGACUCGUGAGACUCAUUUCCUUCGGUACUGUCAACAUAACGCUGAGGAGGGAACGUGGGGCAUUGUUGACUUCCCAAUCGAUAGCUUUCAGCAGAACCUGCACCCUUCUUAUCCCAGAUACUGCAGGCGACCCUCUGGCUGUCUCAUUCAAGACAUGCCAAAUGGAUAUUCAAGGGUAACAUGGAUUGAGCAUGCAGAAGUAGAAGAGAAACCCGUGCAUCAGAUAUUCAGCAACUAUGUUUACAGUGGUAUGGCUUUUGGUGCACAGCGGUGGUUGGGUGUUUUGCAGAGACAAUGUGAGAGGGUUGCUAGCCUCAUGGCCAGAAACAUUUCAGAUCUUGGAGUGAUACACUCACCAGAAGCUAGAAAGAACUUGAUGAAACUUGCACAGAGGAUGAUAAGAACGUUCAGCCUCAACAUGAGCACGUCAAGUGGUCAAUCAUGGACUGCAAUAUCAGAUUCCCCUGAAGAUACCGUUAGAAUCACCACCAGGAAGAUCACAGAGCCUGGUCAACCCAACGGUGUCAUUCUGGGUGCUGUUUCAACCACUUGGCUUCCCUAUUCCCACACCAAGGUCUUUGAUCUGUUACGCGAUGAACGCCACAGAUCUCAGAUGGAUGCUCUUUCCAAUGGGAAUUCACUCAAUGAAGUUGCUCACAUUGCAAAUGGUUCCCAUCCAGGAAACUGCAUUUCCCUUCUCCGCAUAAAUGUUGCGAGCAACUCGUCGCAGAACGUGGAGCUAAUGCUGCAAGAGAGCUGUACGGACCAAUCAGGGAGUGUGGUGGUGUACACUACCAUUGCUGUGGACUCCAUUCAGGUAGCCAUGAGCGGAGAGGAUCCUUCAUGCAUUGCGCUUCUCCCACAAGGUUUCAUUAUAACGCCAAUGCCGCCAUCAACCAACAACUCAUCCUCUUCUGAAGCUCUUAUCAAUGAGCAUGGCUGCCUCCUCACCGUUGGCCUCCAGAUUCUAGCUAGCACCAUUCCCUCCGCCAAGCUCAACCUGUCCAGCGUCACCUCCAUCACCAACCACCUCUGCAGCACCGUGCACCAGAUCGAAGCCUCUCUUUGCAACACCGCCAACAAUGAACCAACCACCACCACUGCACCUCCCAAAACAGUCAACUAAUUAAUGCUUGCAUUGAUUUUCCCACCUAAAAUCGAAUCUGUUUAGUGGUAACUUUAAUUUAACAAGGGGAGGGGUAAAAGUGGGAUUUAAAUAAAAAAGCACAUGGGGGUUGUUAGUUGUUUAAGUAGUUAGUUAGGGAAGUGAUGAAUGUGUGGGUGUGGGUGUGGGUGUAGUUAAUAGUUAUGUUAUGUGUGUGGGGUGUAGAGGGACUGAGGGAGUCAAGAGCGCACCAGAUAAUACCCUCUUGAGGGUGUGUUGGUUCGGGUAUUGACUCCUGCUUCUUUGUCAGCCUCUACAUAUGUAAUAUGUUUCAUUCUCAAUUCAACUUUGUUUCAUUUUCAUCUCUCCCGCUUUGUUCUGUUUAUUAUGAUAAUUCUGCAUUUUCAAU